AGCAUUGAGGACACAAUGACUGUCAGCAUAGUUUACGAUAACUCUGAGGCCAUGGAGCUGUGUGCAGCUCAGCACCUGUAUCUGAAGCCUAUAGCCAGACUGACCAUCAAUGUGAUGCUGCCUGAAGAUCUCACAUACACGAGAUCAUUUUCUAACUGGGAGGUCCUAGACCAGCUGAAGAAUCUAAUCUGCCCAGAUCAGUUUAGCACUGUGCGACUUUCAAAGAGCACCAAAGACUUUAUUCGAUUUGAGGGAGAGGCAGAGACAAGAAGUCUGGUUCAGAUCCUAAAGGCAAAACUGCAUGGCAAGAUCAUCAGGAUGAACGGCUUGAAGAAUGGCUUGAAGAUUGUGGCCACAGAUGCCUGGCUAGACUUCCUGUCCCAGCAAGAGUGGGAAUUGGUCUCCAAGAAAAACAAGGCAGCUAGUGACGAGCUUCUAAAGCAAAAUCUUAAUGAGAGCCCUGAUUCCAUCUACUUUCAGGGGUUGCCCUGCAAGUGGUUUGCAUCCAAGGGCUCCAGUGGGGAAAAGCCAUGUGAGGAAAUCCUCAGGGUGGUAUUUGAAAGCUUUGGGAAAAUAAAGAACAUCGACAUCCCAAUGCUUGAUCCAUACCAAGAAGUGAUGGCCACUGGCAGCUUCAACCACUGUACCUUAGGCAGCCUUCAGACUUUUGAGGCCUUCAUCCAGUAUCAGGAAUAUGCUGAUUUUGUCAAAGCCAUGGAAUCCCUGAGGGGAAUGAAGCUGAUGCUCAAGGGGGAAGAUGGGAAAGCUCUGGCCUGCAACAUCAAGGUUAUGUUUGAUACAACCCAGCACUUCAGUGAGGGGGCCAUCAGGAAAAGAAAUCAGGAGAGGCUAAAACUACAAGAGCUGGAAGAAGAGAGAAAAAGAGAAAAGAAGCGAGAAGAGGCAGAAAGGAAACGGAAAGAUGAAGAGAAGAAGCUCCGAGAGAAGAAAAGGAAAACCAAGGUCAAGAGAAAAGAACAAAAGCAGAAACCAAAGGAGGAGAAACGCCCGAAAAAGAAAGCCAAAGCUGAGGAAUGUGAAAAACUUAACAACCAGGAGGUGGAGAGUCCGAAAGCAGAAGAAGAUAGCAUUGCGGAAUUUGAAGUGAAGGUUUUGAAGAAGAAAGAGCCAGCCCCUCUGAAUCUCAUGAUCCGAGAGGCAAAGAAGAAAAUGUUCAAGAAAAAGCCUGUCAAGCACGAAAGAACUACAGUACCCCAAACCAAGAGGAGGAAUGAGUUACCGGAAUCUUUUUGCCAUUUAGAGAAAACCUUCGUAGAUGACCCUACCAAAGGAGAAUUCACUGACCAAUCAAUACCCAACACAUGCGAGCACAGUUUUGUCUCUCACGUGAACUCCUUACAGAUUACAAUUAAGCAGGACUUGAGCCAGGCAUUUGAAGAUGAUGAAGAAGAAGAUGAAGAGGAUGAAGAAGAUGAAGAUGAUUGGUAUGCAUGGAAUCCAUCCUCCAAUCGUAAAGCAGGCUACGGCAGAAAACAGAAAAUCUAUGAAACUGAUGAAUUCAUUCACUACCUGCUAAAUUACUAUCAUCCUCCACAAUAUGCCCGUAUUUAUGAAGACCCAAACAGUGCCACGAGCAAAUCUCGGUGGCGAAGAGAGGUCCAUGAUGAUGGAAAUAGAUUUCAGAUUAACUUGAAUCAGUCAAGACAUCACUCCACCAGAGGAAACAUGCAAAAUGGACAAGAGGUUGAUUGGGCUCCAGAAGAUGAUCUUCUGGAAUGUGAAGAUGAAUAUCAAUGGAAGCUUGCCCAUCAGGAACUGGAACCCAAACUGAGAGAGGCUCUAAAUGCAAGCUGUGCUGAAGAGUUUGCAAAGGCAGUUAAACGCCAUUGUAUGGACUCAAGCAGCGAAGCUGUUGGUCUUAUGCUAGAUGUGGGUGGAAAGCAGUGCCCUUGGCAGAACUCCCAUGUUGGCCCCAUCAAAGACUCCAAGCAUAGGGGUAAGAGAAAGAGUUCUUCACAAUCCAAGCUUGCUGGCUUCUCUUAUGAGGUAACAGACUUCUUAGAAGAGAUCAGUAGUGAUUCUGAUUGCUUUAAUGAAACAUUGAGUGAAGAGAGUGAGCAUCAAAGCCCUUUUCCAAAUGUAGGCCGCUUGGUGAAGGUGAGGGAAGACUCGGACAACUAUGAUGAAACUAUUGCCUUUGACCAAGAAAAGAAAUGUAGCCAGUGUGGCAUGUUCCCACUGUUAAAACCCAGUGGCUUGUCAAAGCCUCUUAGAACCAAGCUUAAGAAAGCAGUCAAGAGGUCCAGGAAUGAAUUAAAAUGCCCAGAGCCCAAAGGAGAAUGUGAAACCAAUGGGGUUGAGAAAAACACUAGAAAAAAGAAGAAAAAGCCACCUGUAGAAGACAAACUUGAUAAAGACGACUGCCCUGUCCCCGAUCCCAGCAGUUUACGGGCCCUCAAAAAACCUGAGAAGAAACGGAGCAAACUGACAGAAUCCAAAAUGAAAUGUAAAGCUUCCUGUGUGCCAGUAGCAUCUUCACAAAGUGUUGAAGAAGCCCUACCUGUCCAAGGGCUUUCUGUGAAUGUGGGUAAUCCCUGGAAGCCAAAAUCUAAUCAAGAAACACUAGCCUCUAACAGAUGUGUUCAAUGGAAGGAUGAGCCCCAGGAUUCCAGUGAUUGUCUCACCAGCUCUAACAGUCCAGAUCCUCCUGCCUCUGAAAAUGGGUUUGAAAAGAGAUCUGCUGUCUUUAAAUUGCAGAGUUUUUAGAAACCUACUAAGCUUAGACAACCGAUUCUCUCAGAACGGUAAAUGGUUAGAGAAGAGAAAAACAAGAGAAGACCAUAGGAACUUAUCAGCUAGAUAGCAAGAUGUCACUUAAAAGUUUUAGUUGUUGCAAAUUUAACACUUCAUCUAGUAUAGCUCAUUUACUGUGAUGACAGCUGAUAUGUUAGGAAGA